AUGGAUUUCUACUAUAUGGCCGAGUCAGCUCCCUGCCGUUCAAUUUUAAUGACAGCGAAAGCUUUAAACAUUAAUUUGAACAAAAAAAUAUUGGAUUUGUCUAAAGGCGAACAUCUUAAGCCAGAAUUUCUCAAAAUAAAUCCACAACAUUGCAUUCCCACGUUAGUGGAUGGCGAUUUCAACUUAUGGGAGUCUCGUGCCAUUAUUGUCUAUUUAGUAGAAAAAUAUGGCAAGAAGGAUGAUCCUCUAUAUCCCAAUUGUCCCAAGAAGCGUGCUGUCAUCAAUCAACGUCUUUAUUUCGAUUUGGGUACAUUGUAUAAAAGCUUCGCCGAGUACUUUUAUCCCAAGUUCUUCUUUAAGCAACCAGUUGAACCAGAGGUAUAUCAAAAAUUGGAAACAGCUUUGGAGUUUUUGAAUGUGUUCCUAUCCGAAUCGAAAUAUGUUGCCGGUGAUACCAUGACCUUGGCAGAUUUGGCCAUAUUGGCCACGGUCAGCACCAUGGAAGUUGGCAAUGUGGAUGUAAGCAAAUAUGAACACAUUAACAGAUGGUAUAAUGUAAUGAAAGAAACAGCUCCUGGUGCUGAUGAGAAUCAUGCUGGUGUUUUGGCUUAUAGAACAUUCAUAGAAAAAAAUAGUAAAAAAUAA